AGCUAAGAAUGUUCGUGAUGAGAAGUAAUUAAUUAACAAAGAGAGUUCUUCUUCAGUUGGUGCGUAAGUUUAAGCCUUAAUGGAUUUGCUGAAGGCGAAGAAGACAAUAACAGAUCAUCAAUACAAGCAGCUUCAGGGUUCGACCUCCAUCAUAUCUCUUCCUGAUGAAUUGCUGACGGAAGUUCUUGCAGAGGUCGGCUCGGCUUCUUUCACCGAUUUAUACAAUGCAAAACUGAGUUGCAAAGAUUUUCUCAAACUAUCGGAGGAAGAUAAAAUAUUUCAAUGCGUAUCCCUGGAUAAAUUUUCUGCGAUUCCAUGCAAUGCAAACCCCAAAAUCUCGUCAUUCUUGGAACGCUGCAAAGAAUGCAGAAACCCCGAGUCGUUGUAUAGACAAGGAAUGCUCGAUUAUUUCCAUCAAGGCAUGACAGAAUCAGGAUUGGAGUAUUUGAAAAGAGCGGCAGAGAAAGGACACAUGGAGGCAACCUACGUUUACAGUAUUAUUCUGCUAUGUUUGGGAGAUGAUAAUGAUGAUCAUCGUGAAUCAAAGCUGAAAGGUAUGAAGAUUUUAUCUUCUUUGAAGGCUAAAUCGGAGCGCCAGAGAAUGAAAGAAUGCCGAGAGAGAAUUAAGAGAAUGAUGUGGAUAUGCAUGUGGUCGUUAAAAAAGAACAUCAUCGUUAGAAGACAACAAUCGUGUCUGGGUAAGGAACCAUGCAAGAUACAGAAGAUCAAGAACGGAUGGCUGACAACGGACGAGGAGGUGGAUGAAUAUGACGAUGUACUUUGCGAAAGUUGCAGAUGCAAUCGUGAAAUAACUUGGUUCUGUAAUGGGCAGCUUGGAACAGAUCAUUAUUCUUUCUAGGCAACCAUGCA